CCUCUGAACCCUAACUCACCUCUGUUCGCCGUGCGCUGCCGCUCCCCCACCUUCCCCCACCGCUCCUCCGCGGCUGCUUCAGGUACUCUCUCUCUCUGAACCCUAACUCACCUCUGUUCGCCGUGCGCUGCCGCUCCCCCACCUUCCCCCACCGCUCCUCCGCGGCUGCUUCAGUUUUCUCAGGCUUUUGAUCUCCGAGCUAGCUAUGGUGGGAAGAACAGUGAAGGAUGUCUCUCCUCACGAGUUUGUAAAGGCUUACUCUGCCCAUCUCAAGAGAUCUGGAAAGAUUGAGCUUCCCGAAUGGACUGACCUUGUGAAGACGGGCACAUUCAAGGAGCUUGCCCCGUAUGACCCUGAUUGGUACUUCAUCAGGGCUGCCUCUAUGGCCAGGAAAAUUUACCUUAGGCAAGGUAUCGGCGUGGGGGGCUUUCAAAAGAUCUAUGGUGGGCGCAAGAGGAAUGGAAGCCGCCCUCCCCAUUUUUGCAAGAGCAGUGGAGCUGUGGCUCGUCACAUUCUCCAACAAUUGGAGAAGGUGAAGAUUAUUGACCUUGAUCCCAAAGGUGGAAGGCAGAUCACUUCGAGUGGGCAAAGGGAUUUGGAUCAGGUCGCUGGGAGGAUUGCGGUAGUUGCUCCUUGAUUUUUUUUUCCAACUGAAUUUUGUAGGAUUUUUAAAGCUGAGAAAGCUGAGACUAUGGAAAGAUUUUAAAGGUUUUAGAUCGUGUUUGCUUCUGUGGAUCUGUUUUUGGAUUUAAUAUUUCUUUUUAUGUAAGUUAAUGUGAAACUGCUGAAUUCUGGCAGGGAUGAUUCCAUCAAAGGAACUACACUUCUAUUUUA